AUGGAAAAACGGAAGACUGAUAUCCGUUCUCCGCAGCGGUUACCGCUCAAAAUUCUUCUCGGACUUCUUCUGCUCGCCAUUUUCGUCGAUGCCGAAUCUCCGCUCACCCCGGAAUCUUCAAGCCUCGAGCAAGAAAGCGCCUCGUCUGAUCUUCACAAACGUCAACUAUCUCCGUCCGAACAAGCUCAGAUUCUCAGCGAUGUCCAGCAGCAUCAAUCGAGGUUUGGCCGAGUCGCGAACCCUAUUCAAAAUCUUCAGAUUACAUCGCCGUUCCCAUCCUUAGCGAAGUAUAAGGUUGACAGAGCGAAACAACAGCAGGAGCUUCUGCAGCAGCGACAGCAGCAGCAGCUGCAGCAGCAAAACUCGAACCAGCAACGCAUACAGAAUUUCUUUGAGACAGCCCAAACUCAGUAUCAGCCUCAGGCUGUGAAACAGCAGCAACAAUAUCAGCAGAUCCUUCAAUCCCAGCCGCAGUUUAGUCAGUACAAUCAAAAUUUGCCCGUCAACAAUGCCAAGUAUCUAAAUCUGAACCAACCACUCUUCAACGGCGGUCAAAAUAUUCAGCUUCAAAGUUACUUCGAGAAACAGAGGCAACUCGAGUUCCUUCAAAAGCAGCGGGAACGCUUGUUGGCCGAGCAACAGGAACUCAGAAGGCAGCAAGAACUCUUGCGGCUCCAGCAACUUCAACAGCUUCAAACUACCACCAGCACCACGACUCCGGUUCCGUUCCGUUCAACCUUUUCGCCCUUGCUCUUGUCCUCGCCAAGUGCGCGGAAGAUCACCUCGGCAGAAAGCGAUUUGUUUUUGAAGGCGAUAGCUAGUCACCAGAAGAAGUUUUCCAGCACAACAAGCAGCCCUCCAGUAGCGACGACGACGACAACGUUGAGGACGACGACGGUUGAAGCUUCACCGAUUCUCAUCUCUCGAGGAACAGCUCGUGGUAAAGUGGUCGACGACAAGCAGGAGAUACCUAAGGAUAUUUUAUCCCUUAUAGAAGCUCAAGAGUCACAAGGCACCUCGAACGUUUCGCAGAACAGGAAGUCCAAGCCGCAGAUACAGAUUAUUUACCAGACCGAAAAGCCUCCGGCAGGUGCAAUCAGGCAGAAAUCAUCGGCCAAGAGCAAGUCAUCUCAGUCGUCAGCUCAGCGAGAAGCACUCUUGAAGCAGUUGAAACUGGCUUUGCUCCAGUCCCCGGAGGACGAAGCAGCCAAGAACAUAUCUACCAGAGACCUGGUACUCCCGAAUGGAAAAACUGUGCAAGUCAUUCGCGCGCCGAACGGCUUACCUUCGGUCGAGUCUCAACUGACCUCGGAAUCUCUGAAGGAAGUAGUGAAGGCGUCUUUGCCUACUACCAGCAUCAGGCCACCAAACGCGAUUCUUGAGGAAUUGACAAAAGGUGUUCUUCCACCUGGCGCAGACUUCGAAGUAUUGAGGCACAAGCUUGACGGGAACUUGGAAGAAGUCGGGAAAGGUCCUUUGGAGAAUUCACCCGCUAAGAAAGUCACUUUCGUUGUCCUCGAGGAGCAGCCGGACGGAAGUUACAAGGUUCAAGGCGUCAAGGGCAACGCGGACAAAGAAAAUGGCGGGGAUGUUGAGUCCAUAGUGGAGAGGAUCAAGAAUGGAGAACUUAAACUGCCUCCUCCGUCUGUCAAACCUUCGUCACCCACCGCUGCUGGCGUCGCCGAAACCAUAACUACAACCCGGAAAUCUUCCACGAUUACAAACACUCCUACAGUAAUCACCGGACCUCCACCGACCACAACUUACAGGCCCCAAACCGUCCUUGAAACAGGGAGAAACAUGGAUUUCAGCAAAUCUUCAAACGACCGUCUUCCUUUCGUCACGAUUUCAUCGUCGUCAGGCGGAUCGACGACCGACAGAUACGUCACUUCGGCCACCACCCCCUCUAGCCACGUGUACAAUUCUUUUCCCAGCACAUCAAGACCUUCGGUGCAUCAAACUCAGUCCUAUGUUUCCAAGUAUCCAGUUUCUACCAGGAGCCAUUUCAUUCCAACCAUGGCUCCGGUCAGUGAAAUUGUCACCCAGCAUCCAACGACCACGCCUUUGCCAACUACGACUUACGCCGAAUAUACUACGAAUAGGUAUUUCAGUCCUACUACUUACAGUGACUUUGGCUCGAAGACCGCAGCUUCGCCGUCUCCUAGAUCCAUAGCAAACACACCCAAGACGAACGUUGUUUACGAAGAAAAUUAUGAGAGCAGUACCCUGUUCGAUCCUACUUCCGUCCUCACUGUCGCACCUCCAUCCUCUGAUUUGGCCGGUGAUAAUCUUAUUAGAAUUCUUAAACGGCAAGGACUCUACGCCAUGGCUAAGUUCCUUGGGCAGUCUGGACUCGACACUGUUCUCAAUGAUACCGGACCUUACACGAUAUUUGCUCCCACCGACAAAGCCUUCAGGGCAUUACUGGUGCAGCUUGGAGGACCGGAAAAAGCUGAGGAAAAGUUCCGCGAAAAUCCCCGUCUUCUGAGUGGACUUUUGCUGCACCAUGUGAUUCCUGGUGCCUUCAGGAUCGAAUCUCUCCAGGAUGAAAUGACUGGAGUCAGUCUGGCUGGGACUCAGCUUCGAGUAAACACAUAUAACAUGCAAGAUGUCGAAUGGAAUGAUGUAACCACGAUCAAUGGAGCAAGAGUCUUACCUGACAAACAAAACAUCGAAAUUCCUCAGGGAAUUUCGCACGCAGUUGAUAGAGUUAUGUUUCCACUGCCUGUCGGUGAUUUAGUACAAACUCUACAAGCAGAUCGAGAGCGUCGCUUCACCGUCUUUUUGAGAGCGCUGCACGCCUCUGGAUUGGAGGAAACUCUAUCUGGGUCAAAGACUUACACGAUAUUUGCCCCAACCGAUAAUGCGUUUAUGAUUGCAUCCGCGUCUCCAAACGGAAGCCCACCAUGGCUAGACGAUGAAGAUAAUCAAGAAGCUGCAAGAGCCAUCGUUUCGAGGCACGUCAUACCCACAACGCUCUUUACUGCAGGCAUGAGAUAUUAUCAGCAGAAGGAAACUCUUCACUCUCAGGCAUUCCUACACAUCCACAAAAAUUCAGGCCGAAUCAAGGUAAACAAUGCUAAAGUUAUUACUUACAACAUUCCGGCAACGAACGGAGUUAUUCAUGCAGUUGAUACGCUACUCUAAAAGUCUUCGGUUAUCGUUUAAACAACAAUUUCAAGCUCAGCUAUUGUGGGAGGGAUAUGGAAUGUACUCUUCGUAAGUACAUAUGCAGUAAGUAAGUAUGCAUGCAUUGGUGAAAUCUAUCGGAAUUGUCAUUGAAGGAGAGAAUAACUAACGUCUUGAAAUAACACUUAAAAACAUUCAACUCUUUAAUUUAUUUGAACAAUUAUUCGAGUUCAUCUUCCGUAACGUGAAAUAAGACCGGAAAGUACUUACUCUGAGGAGCAGAAAAGCAGAUCAUAAGAUAUCGCAAAGUUAACUAACCCAAUGAAUAUGCCAUAAGUGUUGCUUAAAUCUUUCUCAACAAUUAUCAUCACAGUGAACAUACAAAUUAACAAGAAUUAUCAUAUUAUAUAAAAUAAAUUAUACAAAACGAAUGUACGUGAAAACGUAAAAUUAAAUACGGUGCUCGAUUAGACUCGAGAGUUAACGAGGUGCAAAACUGAGUACCGAGUCAUGAUAACCGUUCAACUAGGAUGUAUAAUAUAGUUCGUAUUAAUUUUUUAAAUAAAUGUACAAACUUUUUUCAUAAACAUUGAAUUUCAUAUGCUCAAGCCUCUCCAUCCGCAUCAUCCUAAUCCUGGUGUGAAAAAUUUUAAA